UCACAAUCCACUUGGAAAAAAACAAAAGAAGGACAGGCAGGCAACGCAGACAACAACAACCACAACAGCAGACCCACGUCCGCUUCACACCACCACAGUUGCCACUGAUGGGGAAGCCUGUGAUGAGCGGGUGGCUCACCAAAGAAGGUGGCCGCGUGCGAAACUGGAAACGGCGGUACUUCACCCUCGACACACGCCACAUGCUCCGCUACUUCAAGGCCGAGACGGACGCAAAGGAGGCUGGCUCAAUUGACAUGACGCAGUGCAGAGAGAUUGUGUGUGCCAGUCGAUGCAAGUGCAUCUGGGGCGAGAACGUCAACAAGUCCUUGGCCUUUGGCAUCGUCACACCAAAACGCACCUACCACAUCUACGGCGACCGAUUGGAUGAAGUGCAGCAGUGGAUGCUGGCGUUCAAACGCGCAGCCCGAAUCACCGCCGCCAUCCCCAUCGGCAGCCCGCUCGUCGAAGGAUCAACAGAGUCGUCCAUCAAACAACGAGCAGAGGCACACGUCGACAGAGCUCGUCGUAUCUCCAUGCACAUCACACAGGACGCGCCUCCCCCCGACAUUCCGGAGCCAGCGCGGCAUACGGUGUCCUCGGUGCCGUCCGUUCGUCGGCAGCGCGAUGGCAUUGCACCCAUGCCGCCCAUUGGUGAGGGUGCAACGUUACCCACAGCGCCAAUGGCGAGCGAACACCAGCACGAGGAAGCGCAACAAUCAGCACCGCCGCCGCCGUCGGAGACGAGUGCAACCCACGAGCGGUUCAAGCAGGUGUUCAACCUUGCAGACUCUGACAGUGACAACGACAACGACGACAAUGGUGAUGGUGAUGGUGCUGGUCUGUAUGACAACUUCGACUAUGCAGGGCGGGUACCAGAGGAUGAUGGCAGCGCGAGUGAAGGGGAAGGUGUUGCUGAUGACGACAGGCCAGGGCACCAAACGAGGCAGCAGCCACUUCAUUAUGAUGACGGUGAUGGUGAUGGUGAUGGUGCUGAUGAAGAGCGAACCGCGCUGAUUCGGGCGAUGCAGCAAGCAGCACUCGGAGCAAACGCGGAUGCUAACGGCGACAACAACGACAAUGAUGACGAUGAGGGAGACAUGUAUGACAGUGACAGUGACGGUGGUAACGAAGUUAGUGGUGGCGGUGUUGUGAAUGGCAGGACGCAAGGGAGCAGCAGCAUGCACGUGCUGUCACUGGGCGUGAGUGCAACGAAGGCAUCGACACCUGGCGAUGACUCGUCAGACUUCUUCUCGUCAGAUGAGGAGGACGGAGAGGGUGACGACGGCACCAGCUGCUGACGCAGACGCACAUGAACACGUUCAUGUGAAUGCGUGGUGAGGAUGGCGUGCGGGAUGGGUGUGAGAUAAAGCUGAACCCAUGGUGUGGUGGUGGACGGGUGGAUUAGCUGCGGUUGUCAUCGCUCUUAUUGUCGCGCUUAUUGUUGGUGCUUGGUUGCUGCGUCCCCUUUCGUUUAGUUGGUUCACGUUGUUACUCUGCGUGCUGAGCACACUGGCUUGUGGUUACAUGCAGCUUGAUUGACCCCUUCCUAUCACACACACACACACUCUCUCUCGAUCGCCUUUGAUGAUUAGAAUGGUGGACGUACGG